CGAAUCCGGAUAUUCAUUAUUGGAGAACGCAAGGUCCACGCAAAUUCCCACUUCGGUUCCUCGUUUCUCUUCCCCUUCCGAGCUCAUCAAAUCGCGCAGCGUGACUUGACCUUCUCUUUUUGCUCUGAGUCUGAGAUUCUUCUUCGGGCUCAGUGCGCCGCUCACAAGCUAAAUAGAGUAUCCCGUAAUAUAUUUAACACGAAUUGCAGCCGGAGAGUGUGAGAGCCGAAGAUGAGUCUGGCAUGCCUUGUGUGCCAGAGUGUGGAAAGUCCAUCACCAUCACACUCUUUCAGGAGUUACUCCGUCUCAAGUGCAGAAAAUGAAGGAAGAUGUUAUGCUAUUUCCAACUGCUUAACCAGGAAAUCAUCUUUUCCAUCUCAUACAAUGAACACAUUUAUUGCAUCAUCAUCAUCAUCUAAAGUUGCCCCGCAUCCUGGUGUUUUAAGUAAUGAAGAGAUGCCGGGCACUCCCCGGCUUGUACGAAGUCGUGCAGUGAGGAGGGACCUUGUCAGGGACUGGAAUUUCGAUCAAGUUUUAUUAGAAGGCUAGACUGUUAAUAUUGGAUAGAAGAAACCUUAAAGGACUCUUCUUGUGGGAUAGAGUAAGUAGAGCAUGAUAUUUGCUACCUUGCCUCUGAUUAUGUUAUGUUGCAGUUGAACUCUCUUGGAUUUCCUGCACUUGUAACUUUCAAGAAAUUAAUGCAACAUUUUGUUCCUGUUUGUUCA